AUGCCUAUGUUCCUAAAUUCUCUCCAAACCCAUGUUUUGGACUUUGCUCAACAAAAGACAGUAUGAGAUGUCAAGACUUUGGUUAUAGAACGUGAAGGUCUCCCUCUUGAGCAGAUGGCAGUGUUCUAUGAAGGCCAGUCAUCAGAAGAUUCCUGUGAGCUUGUAACUUUCAGAAAUGAGGCAACAUUGAAUGUUGAGCUGCGCUGGCUUGGAGGUAAAGUCCAUGGAUGUUUGGCUCGUGCUGGUAAAGUACGUGGGCAGACACCUAGAGUUGAUAAACAAGAAAAGAAAAAAGGAAAGACUGGCCGUGUCAAACGUCGUAUGCAGCAGUGGCGUAGCGAGUACAACCGUAGAUUCGUAAAUGUUGUCGCUGGCUUUGGGAGAAAGAAGGGACUCAAUGCCCGCUCAUAGGUUUUAUUGAAUGUACAAUAAAAAAUAAACUCGCACGAAAAAAAGUGUUAGCAAAGCAGCGUUUCUGACAUCCGCUGAAAACUAUAAUUCUUAGAACAAAGGAUGAGGUC